AUGGGACGGCAGAGCGAGCAUGGCAGAAGGCGCAACAGGUUUUGUUGGCUACUUCUCCUCUUCGCGGCGUCAGCGUUUCUGGCUUUGCCGCUUCUCGUGUUUUCGUGGCGCGAUGCCGAUACCAAUACUGAUGCUAAUUAUAAUGUCAAUGCCCAAGUCAAUACCGAAUUAAAACACCUCGCAGAUAAAAAUCAAAAGAUCCCGAUUAUUCUUGCUGGUGGCGGUUGUGCUUCUGCAGCCUCAGCUGCUGCUGCUGGUGGUGGUGCUUUCUCCAAGGGUGAUGUGCGAGAGGACGCCUUGACGGUGGUGCUCAUGUCCUAUCCGCAGACGAGGCGGAUGCAUCGUUUGUUACAAAUUGUUCGUACCAUUUUGUAUGAGUGGCCAAAGAACGAUGGGCUUGUUUAUGAAGUCUUGCUGGUGUGGAACGGCCUGGCAGAGACGAUUCCACCCGCGCUGCGUGAGCUGCAGACGGAGUAUGAAACGAAGUAUCGUUCCGUGUAUAAAGGGCCCGGCCACGCCCCGUACCUGCGCAUCCUGCCCCAGAAGGAAAAUUGUUUGGCAAACCGCUGGAUGAUUGCCGCUCAGCUGCGCACCGACGCCGUGCUCAAUAUGGAUGACGACUUGCAUGUCCCAUACACUUCCGCACGGUGCCUCUUUGAGACGUGGCGCCACUCGCCGUCGUCGCUCGUCGCGGCGGAUGUGCGUGCCAUCGUGAAUUGCACCAACCCCACUCAACUGUGCGGCCCCUUUGGCACGCUUGGCUACGCCGCUAGGGAGAAGUUGGAUGGGAACAGCCUCGCGUACAGUAUUGCGUUGCCACGUGCCGUCGUUGCCUCGCGCUUGUACUACGUGGCAUUCGUUCAGUCCUUUAGUCAUGUUGUGCAAGUACCGUCGUACAAUAGUCUUCUUGCGCCGGUGCCGGCACGGGAGGAUUCACUUCAACAAGUCAUCACAGAGCUGCAUUGCGACGAUCUUGCCUUCAACUACGCCGCGGCGAACGCGUCAGUGCACAUAACGUGGGGUGAUGUGUUGCAACCACAUUACCGGCGACGGAUAGGUGCUGUGGUGCUCUUCGUUUCAGCCCCGGUGAGGUCGUUCCCAGAGUCCGGUGGCUCCAACGCCCUUACCAUGCAGAGGGGUAUGAAAGUAAAACGGGUGCAGUGUGUCAACCGCCUUGCAAUGCUCUUUUCUCGCGACGGCGGGCGCACACCAUUCCGCCUCGAGAGGCAGUCGUGGCAAGGGAGGUGCAACGUCAGUCCAUGA